GAUCCAUCGAAGCCGAAGAAGCUCCCCCUCCCCUCUGACAACACCGCGCGAAAACAUAACACAGCCCCCCUCUCCAGUCGUAAAGGCAGCCCCCGCAAAGGCUUCGAGCGGGCGUUGCCGCGCUCCGAUUUGAACCGGGAAGCGGGGGACGAAGGCCCCCGCCUCACCGCCACGCCUCCGCCGCGCCGCGCGGGCCGGAGGCGGAAACCCUAGCGAUGGCGGCGUCCGUGGACGCGGCCGCGGCCGUGGCCGCGCCUGCUCCCCCGCCGCCCGUCGCCGCGCCCGAGGAGGCCGGCGGGGGCGACGCGGAGCAGGCCAGGAUCCUCAUCGGGGCGCUCAACCUUCUGUCGCGCAACCUCCCGCUUCCACCCGCCGUCCUGCGCGCGGUCUCGUCCAUCUACCACGGCGGCGAAGACGCGGACCAGGAGGAGGAGGAAGGGGCCGAGGGCCCGUCGCUGGUCGGGGAUGAAGGCGGAGAGGGGGAUCCCGCUGACGCCGUCGAUGCGGCCGAGGAAGCCACCUUGAUUCAAGAGCUUGAAGAUUCUAUAUAUAGAAACCAAACGACACACAUGUCGUCCUCAAAGUUGACUGCUCUAAAAGAUGAACGCUUCAAUACCUGCAUCCAGCAUCGGUUAUCUGAACUCGAAGGGUUACCAUCUACUAGGGGUGAAGAUUUGCAAAUGAAGUGUUUACUCGAAUUAUAUGGGCUCAAGUUACUAGACUUGCAGAAGAAAGUACGGUCUGAUGUCAAUGCUGAAUACUGGCUACACAAAAAAUGUGCGCAUCCUGAGAGGCAAUUAUUUGACUGGGGGAUGAUGAGGAUACGAUAUCCUUUUACCAUGUAUGGAAUAGGGGAUGGGUUUUCAAUGGAUACCGAUGAUAUCCAUCGCAAAAAGAGAUUCACCGAGAGGAUCUCAAAGCUUGAAGAGGAGGAAAAAAAUCAGGCUGAGACCAGGAAGAGAAGAUUUUUUACAGAAAUUCUUAAUGCUGCUAGGGAAUAUCAAGUGCAAACAUCGGCUACUUACAAACGAAGAAAGCAACGUAAUGAUGGAGUUCAGGCAUGGCAUGUCCGGGCGCGCCAGCGUAUCAAUCGACUUGAAAAAAGUAGGUUGCAAGUUUUGAAAGCAGGUGAUCAAGAAGCGUAUAUGCGGAUGGUUGAGGAGAGCAAGAAUGAACGGCUUACGAUGCUCCUUGAUAAGACAAAUGAGCUUCUAGAAGGAAUUGGGAAAGCUGUACAGCGACAAAAAGAUGCUGAGCAUGUUAGUCGUCCUGAAGGGUCUGAAGACUCAGAAUCUGAUGAAUCCCCCGAGGAGUCUCCUUCAGAUGAUGAUGCAGAUACACACGGUUCUGCAAAUACUAGUAAAUUUAAUGCUGCUGGCCGUAGGCUUGAUUCUACUGUCCAUUCCAUCGAAGAGAAGGUAACAGAACAACCGUCAGCCCUUGUAGGUGGGGAGUUGAGACCAUAUCAGUUAGAGGGUCUCCAAUGGAUGCUUUCUUUAUUCAACAACAAUUUGAAUGGCAUUCUGGCUGAUGAAAUGGGUUUGGGGAAAACAAUUCAGACCAUAGCUUUGAUCGCUUAUCUUUUGGAAAAGAAGGAGGUCACAGGACCUCACUUAAUAGUAGCUCCCAAAGCAGUACUACCAAACUGGUCUAAUGAGUUCAAAACAUGGGCUCCCAGUAUUGGUACAAUUCUGUAUGAUGGUCGUCCAGAUGAGAGAAAAUCUCUCAGGGAAACAAAUUUUGGAGGACAAUUUAAUGUUCUGCUCACACACUAUGAUUUGAUACUGAAAGAUAAGAAGUUCCUGAAGAAGGUUCACUGGCACUAUUUGAUAGUUGAUGAAGGACAUCGCUUGAAAAAUCAUGAAUGUGCUCUUGCUCGCACACUAGUUUCCGGAUAUUUGAUCCGCCGCAGACUACUUUUGACUGGCACUCCAAUCCAAAAUAGCCUACAGGAGCUGUGGUCAUUGCUCAACUUUAUUCUACCAAAUAUUUUUAAUUCAUCUGGGAAUUUUGAGGAAUGGUUUAAUGCACCGUUUGCAUGUGAUGUUAGCAUUAAUGAUGAGGAAGAACUAUUGAUCAUACAUCGUUUGCAUCAAGUUUUGCGUCCAUUUUUGCUCCGUAGGAAAAAAGAUGAAGUGGAAAAGUAUCUCCCUUCAAAAACACAAGUAAUACUGAAGUGUGACUUUUCAGCUUGGCAAAAAGCAUACUACGAGCAAGUCGCAAGCAAGGGAAAGGUUGCCCUAGGAUCUGGACUCAAACCAAAGGCUGUGGCAAACCUAUCGAUGCAGCUUAGGAAGUGCUGCAAUCAUCCUUACUUAUUUGUAGAGCAAUAUAACAUGUAUCAGCGCGAGGAGAUUGUUAGAGCAUCAGGGAAGUUUGAAUUGCUCGAUCGGCUACUUCCAAAACUGCAUAGGGCUGGUCACAGGGUUCUGCUUUUUUCUCAGAUGACAAGAUUGCUUAAUAUUUUGGAAGUAUAUUUGCAGAUGUACAAUUUCAAGUAUAUGAGGCUUGAUGGAUCAACGAAAACUGAAGAACGAGGGAAAUUAUUGGCAGAUUUUAAUAAGAAGGACUCAGAGUACUUCAUUUUUCUUCUCAGCACACGAGCUGGAGGCCUUGGAUUGAACUUGCAGACUGCAGAUACAGUUAUUAUUUUUGAUAGUGAUUGGAAUCCUCAGAUGGAUCAGCAAGCUGAAGACCGUGCUCAUCGUAUAGGACAGAAAAAUGAAGUGCGUGUAUUUGUUCUUGUUAGUGUUGGAUCAAUUGAAGAAGAGAUCUUGGAUCGUGCAAAACAGAAGAUGGGUAUUGAUGCAAAAGUUAUCCAGGCUGGGUUGUUCAACAACACCUCCACAGGUUUGUAUGCCAUUGCUGGCUGUCCUGUUCCUGUAUCUCUUUUCUCCAUGAUGUAUUCAAAUGUGGAACUCAAAAAUAUUGUAUUGAUCUCUCGUGCAGCUCAGGAUAGGAAAGCGUUGCUACAGGAGAUCUUGAAGAGAGGAACUAGUACACUUGGAACUGACAUCCCUAGUGAGCGUGAAAUAAAUCGUUUGGCUGCUCGAACUGAGGAAGAGUUCUGGUUAUUUGAGAAGAUGGAUGAAGAGAGGCGACGACGAGAAAACUAUAAAUCCAGGCUGAUGCAGGGACCUGAGGUUCCAGAAUGGGUUUUUGAUAUCAGUGAAACCUUAGCUGAGAAGCUCCUUGCGGAAGAAGCCAAAAAUCCUGUGAUAAACACAAAGAGGCGAAGAAAGGAGGUUGUCUAUUCGGACUCUUAUGUUGAUCAAUGGAUGAAAUCUGACGAGGUAUACGAAGACAUCCCAAAGAUGACUCCAAGAGCAAAACGGAGUGCUUAUUUAUCCGAUAUACAGGAGGUUGAUUUACAUGAUAGGGCAAAAAGGCUCAAAUAUUCUGACAGCGCCGAUGGCGCAGGCAACUCAACCUGGACACCAGAGAAAGGAAGAGCUGGAGUUUCUUCCUACAGCAAGGAUGAGAACGAAGACGACAAUGACGAAGACGAAGUCACCGCCGGUGGUUUGCAGCAGGGUGGUAGCUUCACCUGGAAUACCCUCAGGAGGAAAAGGUCAAGCCACUCCACUAAUCCGUCGUCGGACCCUAAAGGGCGCUCGGCAUUUUAAUGCCCAUCUGAUAGGAGUGCCAUUUAGAUGCAUGUCUGCUUUCUUCCUUGUGAGGAAAAGUGCUCCGAUAGAGAAACUAAUACAGUUUCUUCAGAAGUGCAUCUAAGCUCAUCAACUUUAGGACUAGUGCAGUAUUUUAUGAAUUGGUUGGUAUUAAACUGUAUCUUCAUCAGAACUCGGAAUGUUUCCUGAUAUGUUCGAUGCUUAAAUAGAAACAAUGUUCCUCAUGUCA